AUGUCCACACAGGCGGGGUUGCUUUGGCUCGACGAUGACGCUCUCCUCGCCAUCUUCUCCUUCCUCUACGGCAAGGACGCCCUCAGCGUUGCGCUUACAUCUAAACGUCUGCACGACCUCGCUAUUCCUCGGUUCGCUGCGGUUGCCUGUUGCGUGUACUUCCAAUCCUUCCUGCCGCUCUACGACUACAUGCUAAAGGGGAAGCAGCCGCGUGUUCAAUACCUAGAAGAUCUAACUCUACUGGAGGUCACCCGGAGUACCUCCAGUUUUACUGCGGCCAGAGACGCGAAGGAUAUAGCAACGGAUGUGCUAAUCGGUGACCUCAUAACGAGUGCGAAGAACCUGCGCCGUCUCGCAUUAUCCCAGCUACGGUGGCUGCUUGAAGACUCGCGCGUGGGCAACGCCAUCGCGACUAUGCCGAAACUGGUCGUCGUCUCCCUACAUGAUGUCGACGGUCGUACGCUGGAGCUCUUGUCCAUCAUGAACGGGUCUCUUGUGGAGCUCAGGCUCGACUACACCUGGACAGCACCCCAGUCAGCCGCUACCGACAUCACUCUAUUCGACGUGCUUGCGAGACACACGCGGCUUCAAAUCCUCCAGCUACGUUGCUUCAUGCCAUCUGCAGAUUUCAGGCUCACUUCCUUCUCCGUGAAGGCGCAAUUUCCAUCCCUCCGCCGUCUCCAUAUCGCAGAAACCACGAACGCUGCAUUCGAUUUUCCACACUUCUUUCCGCAUCUGUCCAUUCUGUCCUUCACUCUGGACCACUGCACACGGCCAAUGCCCAACCUAGACGACUCCCUCCUAUGGCCCCCGCUGCAGGAGCUGUACCUCGAGCGCAUCACGCUCGCUUGCUGCGUGCAAUGCCGCGUUGGCCAGGUCGACAAGGUCGGGAUCCUAUGGUACCUAGCACCACGCGAUACGCGCGAUCUGCAAGAAUAUCUGCCCGCUAUUCUUCGCACCGCAUCACCCAUCACCCUAGCCCUCAGCGUUACCUAUGUGUCGAGAGUCAUCGGACUGCUCGCACCCACACUGGUGGCCCUGCCCCGGCUAAGGCGCCUCGAACUCUCGAUAUCCCUAAACAGACCGGAUAUAGAAGACGACGCCGAAACGUGGCUGGUCGCGCUCCUCGCGCUCCUGAGCCAACUCCGCCUAACGAGCCUGGUCAUCGCGUUCACCACAGUCAGCCCCCCGUUCUUCGACGAUCCAACAUCAAUUGUCGACCGAUCUGAAGAGGAGUCUCGCGAGAGCAAGCGGGUGCAGUUGGAAUGCGAGAAGCGGCGGAUGAAGAUCGCGUGCCAGCCAGGGACCGUCUCGAUUGGCAUCAACGUUGGUGGCGGGUUGACGAAAACGGAGGGCUGGAAUUUCUGA